AUGGUCGCCUGUCCAAUCUGCGAGAAGCCCGUGAAGGAACCUGACAUCAACAACCACAUCGACAGCCAAUGCAAGUCAUUCAUCGAUGACCCGGGUGCGCCACCAAGCACUCAGGCAGACGGACCAAAGGCAAAGAACGCAAAAGCAGCUGGCUUCUUCACGCCAGCCACAAAGAAGAAUGCGAGCUUCAAGGCAGAGGACACCUCGUCUCCUCUAGCACCGGCAUCGAGCACGCAGGCAACGAGACCGAAGCCAUCAUUCGCAACCUUCCCGAGUACCGCACCAGCGAAACGGACAAGAGAAGACGAAGAUGAGGCAAGGGAAGAGAAGAGCCAGCCUAAGUCAGCUGUUCCAAUACCGAAUAAGAAGCAGAAGAAUGCACACGCUCCAUUGGCAGAACGCAUGCGUCCGCAGAGCCUCGAUGAGGUCGCUGGACAAGAGCUCGUAGGGCCGAAUGGAGUCUUGCGCAACCUGAUUGUGACAGAUCGCGUGCCUUCGAUGAUACUUUGGGGAGGUCCUGGAACAGGCAAGACUACCAUCGCACGAUUGAUAGCUCAGACGGCUGGCACCCGUUUUGUGGAGAUCAACAGCACUUCAAGCGGAGUAGCAGAGUGCAAGAAACUGUUUGCGGAAGCAAAGAACGAGCUGGGACUGACAGGGAGAAAGACAAUCAUCUUCUGCGAUGAAAUCCAUCGCUUUAGUAAGAGUCAGCAGGACGUUUUUCUAGGACCUGUAGAGGCAGGUCAAGUCACUUUGAUUGGAGCGACAACGGAGAAUCCGAGCUUUAAAGUCGUAAAUGCUCUGCUGAGCAGGUGCAGAACUAUGACUCUGGCCAAACUGACCAAUGAGGACAUAUUCGGCAUACUGAAGCGAGCAUUGUCGCGAGAGGUGCUGUGCUUGCCGACUCCGUCUCCCAGUCCGUCCUCAGACGGCCGAUCCGAAGAUGCUGUCAACACCCAGGGAUCAAGCCUGCAUCUACUCACAGAGGACGACUACGCUUUGGUCCGCUAUUUGGCAGCAUUCGCGGAUGGCGAUGCUCGAACAGGACUCAAUCUGUUGGAGCUAGCUCUUGACCUGUGCCAAAAGCCAUCCGUCACUGCCGAAGACAUCAAGAAGAGCUUGACACAAACGCUGGUGUACGACCGCGCAGGAGACCAGCACUACGAUACGAUCUCCGCUUUCCACAAGUCCGUACGCGGAAGCAACGCCGACGCAACCUUAUACUACCUGGCGCGCAUGCUCCAAAGUGGCGAGGAUCCGCUCUACAUUGCUCGGCGUAUGGUGGUUAUCGCCAGUGAAGAUGUCGGACUUGCGGACAAUAGCAUGCUGUCGCUCGCCACUGCGACUUACACUGCGGCGGAGAAGAUUGGCAUGCCCGAGUGCCGAAUUAACCUCGCUCAUUGUGCCGUCGCACUUGCUAUGGCUCCAAAGUCCGUAAGAGCAUAUAGAGGAUUGAACGAGGCUUAUUUGGCGUUGAACGAACCAGGUGUCGCAGGCCUGCCAGUCCCGGUCCAUCUUCGGAAUGCGCCCACUAGAUUGAUGAAGGAGAUGGGCUACGGCAAGGAGUACAAGUACAAUCCGGACUAUGUUGAAGGCCGAGUUAUGCAAGACUACUUGCCGGAGAAGCUGGAAGGCCGCGCAUUCCUCGGAACGAAAGACCUGGGCUCCAAGGUCGACCCCGAAGUUGCGGAGCUGGACGAGCAGCUCCGCCAUGCCGAAGAGUACGAAGGCGGAGAUGAAGUUCUCUUGAACCCAGACGGAGAUUGA